AUGAGUAGUUUAGGUGCAGAUGAUGAAAAUGGUAGUAAUGUGGGAAAUGACUUAAAUAAUUCUCAACGGCAUUUGGAAAGCGAUAGAACAGAGUGCAUAAAUAACACUGGAACAAAUAAUAAAACAGAACAUGCAUCUGUUGUGGCAGCUCAUUAUAAUCACUUGGAAGAAAAGGGUAUAAGAGAACGCUUUAAGUCUCCAAUUUUUUACCUUAGAAACUUUAAUAAUUGGGUCAAAAGUGUACUUAUUCAAGAAUAUGUAGACAGAGUACGAGGAAACGUUUACGGGAAACGAUUGAGAGUGCUUGAUAUUUGUUGUGGAAAAGGUGGAGAUUUAAGUAAAUGGCAAAAGGCUUGUGUUAAUCAUGUGAUAUUUGCAGAUAUUGCUAAUAUUUCAAUCCAACAAUGUAAAUCAAGAUUUGAUGAAAUUCGGAAAUGUACAUUUACUGCUCAGUUCAUUGCUGCCGAUUGCACUAAAGAGAGUAUACGUGAUAAGUAUACAGACCCUUCUAUAAGAUUUGAUAUUGUGAGCUGUCAGUUUGGUCUACAUUAUAGCUUUGAAAGCUUGCCUCAAGUAAGGCGAAUGUUAAAAAAUGCCACUGAGUGUCUUAGUCCAGGAGGUUAUUUCUUUGGGACCAUACCAAAUGCUUAUGAAAUUGUGUCACGAGCAAAGAAAUCACCAAAUGGUCAGUUUGGCAAUAGGAUUUAUAAUAUUAAAUUAUUAUUUGACCCUAAGGAUGGCUAUCCUUUGUUUGGUGCAAAAUAUGACUUUCAUUUAGAAGGAGUUGUAAACUGUCCUGAAUUUUUAGUGAAUUUUGAUUUAUUUAAUAAGUUAGCUAGGGAAUAUGAUCUUGAACUAGUUUACAAAGCUGGAUUAGGAGAUUUCUAUAAAGACCACAUGGAAAAGUAUAAACAAUUACUGCCUAAAAUAAUGUGCUUUGAAAGUUAUCCUGCCCCACCUGGUAAACAACUCAUUGGUGAUGAGUCUGAAUAUGAACAUGCAAAAUCAUUCUAUGAGAGUAUUGACAACAAAAGUCAAACAGUAGGCACCAUGAGUAAAUGUGAAUGGGAAGUUGCAACUGUUUAUAUGGCAUUUGUUUUUAAAAAAUGCAAGAAAUAA